CGACCACAUAGCCCACCAUUCUCUGCCUACCUUCAGCUCGUCGCUUUUACUGCCACCAUCACGGUUUCCGUUUCUAUCUCGGCUAGCCAAGGAUUUGCUACGGGAGGCAACUUCUUCGGUAUUCCUCUAACUAAUGAGACUGAUCCAACUAUAACGACCGCCGUUCGAGCCACCGCAGACGCGGCGUAUUGGCUUUCAUGGGCAGCAGCAGCAUCUUCGGUCUCGUUGAUGAUCGCACUCAUGUUACAGCUGAUGCAAACAGAUGAGAUGUUUCUGGAUGCUCUAGAAAGAAUAGAAGGAGGCCAGAGUCUGAACCUCCCAAGAGUAGUUGUGGGAUUUGGGAGCUGGGUUGCUCUCUUGUUGCAAGCAGCG